AGAGCGAGCAGGGGUGAGGAAGGGCCUGGGACCCUGAAGGGAACAGACGCGAGGAAGGGGCACGAGAGCAAAGGAGGAAGAUGCAACUGACUCGCUGCUGCUUCGUGUUCCUAGUGCAGGGCAGCCUCUGUCUGGUCAUCUGCGGCCAGGAUGACGGCCCGCCAGGCUCAGAGGACCCUGAGCAUGAUGACUCUGAGAGCCAGGCCCGGCCUCGGAUGCCUCGAAAGCGGGGCCACAUGUCCCCUAAGUCCCGCCACAUGACCAACUCUACUCUCCUAGGACUGUUGGCUCCACCUGGGGAGGCAUGGGGGGUCCUUGGGCAGCCCCCCAGUCGCCCAAACCACAGCCCCCCGCCGUCAGCCAAAGUGAAGAAAAUCUUUGGGUGGGGUGAUUUCUACUCCAACAUCAAGACGGUAGCCCUGAACCUGCUGGUCACGGGGAAGAUCGUGGACCACGGCAACGGGACCUUCAGCGUCCACUUCCGACACAAUGCCACAGGCCAGGGCAAUAUCUCCAUCAGCCUCGUGCCCCCGAGUAAAGCUGUAGAGUUCCACCAGGAGCAGCAGAUCUUCAUUGAAGCCAAGGCUUCCAAAAUCUUCAACUGCCGGAUGGAGUGGGAGAAGGUGGAACGGGGCCGCCGCAUUUCGCUCUGCACCCACGACCCAGCCAAGACCUGCUCCCGAGACCACGCUCAGAGCUCAGCCACCUGGAGCUGCUCCCAGCCCUUCAAAGUCGUCUGCGUCUACAUCGCCUUCUACAGCACGGACUACAGGCUAGUCCAGAAGGUGUGCCCGGACUACAACUACCACAGCGAUACUCCCUACUACCCCUCUGGGUGACCCUGGGCAGGCCACAAAGGGCAGGCCAGGGCUGGAAGGACAGGCCUGCCCACACAGGAAGCCAUCUGUCUGGAUACUGGGCAGGGAAGGGAAGGGGCUUCAGGCAGGGAGCUCCGGGGUGGAGAGGAGGAGAGGCCAAGUGUGGCCAGAACCGGGUCUCAGGUGGUGGGGAAGGGGUUGCAGGUGCUGGCCCCAACCUGAGGCUGUGGAGCGAGCAGGACUCAGGAGCGCUGGCCAAGGAGUGGGUUCUCUGGGUGGCCUCACAGGGCUUCCCCACUGAGCGACAGAAAGAUGCCGGGUCCAGGAAGCCCCUGGGGCAGGCAGACCAAUAGUUAUUGAGAGGAGCCUAAAAUCUUGGCUCCCUCCUUGCCAUCCUGAGAAAGAACAGCAAUGAGGAGAUUAUUUCGUCAGUGUGGUCCAAGUGAGCACCGCAGGAUGGUCGAGCUGGGGCGUCCUGGCAGCCAGCAGCAGGAACUCUCCAGCCCCACCCACUGGGCAGCCCUGAGCCCCCAUCCUGGACUGUGGUCUGAGCUGGGCUUGAGGCGGAAGUGGUGACCCUUGGAGUCUUUGAUGUUUUGGCAGAGAGGGAACCUGCUCCUAGCCAGGCCUCCCCUUUCCAAAAUCGCUUCUCUUGCCAUUCCUCCCCACCCCACCCUCGAGCUGAAGUACCCCUCUGUCCGUAAGACAGGACAAUGACGAUUCUCCCAGCACCAAGGCCACAGGUGGAAGCCUCCCGUGAGCUGCGUGUUCCUCCCCCGUCCUGCCCCUGCUGGCUCCUCUGGGAGUGACCUUAUCCAGCAAGUGAGCCUUCCACAGCCAGCCUUGCCCAUCAGCCCAGGGCUCGCCUGGAUAAAGAUGCU